GGGGAGGAAAUCCCACUACCGAGACCCUGCCUGGACGUUCCCGCCUCCUCAGACACAGUGGAGUCUGAUCGGAGAAGGGCCAUUGCGGUCUCCUGCGGGAAGGGGGGCGGAGCCCGGCUCAGGGUCAGCAAUCUCAAAGGAGGCUUUCUUCCAAGACCCUCAUGAGAAGUUGAGGAUCAUGGAUUUUCCUGGACACUUUGAACAGAUCUUCCAGCAACUGAACUACCAAAGACUUCAUGGCCAGCUCUGUGAUUGUGUCAUCGUAGUGGGAAACAGACAUUUUAAAGCCCACCGCUCUGUACUGGCAGCCUGCAGCACGCAUUUCCGAGCCCUGUUCUCAGUGGCAGAGGGAGAUCAGACCAUGAACAUGAUCCAACUGGAUAGCGAGGUAGUGACAGCAGAGGCCUUUGCCGCACUGAUUGACAUGAUGUAUACCUCUACCCUCAUGCUGGGGGAGAGCAAUGUUAUGGAUGUCUUAUUGGCAGCCUCUCACCUGCAUUUGAACUCUGUUGUUAAGGCAUGUAAACAUUACUUAACGACAAGGACACUGCCCAUGUCUCCCCCCAGUGAGCGUGUUCAGGAACAGAGCGCCCGCAUGCAGCGCUUCUUUAUGCUGCAGCAGCUGGGACUAAGCAUUGUGAGCUCAGCCCUCAAUCCGAACCAGAGUGGUGAGGAGCAGCAGGCCCCCCUGAGCUCGUCGAUGCGCAGUAACCUGGAUCAGCGGACACCGUUCCCCAUGAGACGCCUUCAUAAGCGCAAGCAGUCCGCAGAGGAACGGGCCAGGCAGCGCCUCCGACCCACCAUGGAUGAGUCUGCCAUUUCCAAUGUUACACCAGAGAAUGGGCCUUCGGGGGUUCGUUCUCGAGAGGAAUUCUUCUCACCAGAUUCUCUGAAAAUUGUGGAUAACCCUAAGGCCGACGGGAUGACUGACAACCAGGAGGACAGUGCCAUCAUAUUUGACCAGUCUUUUGGUGCUCAAGAAGAUGCCCAGGUGCCUAGCCAGUCCGACAACAGCGUCAGCAACAUGGCGCAGUUGUCCAUGGCUUCUCGCGCAACUCAGGUUGAGACUAGUUUUGAGCAGGAAGCUGCAACUGAGAAAAGUGGCUUUCAGUGUGAAAAUCCUGAGGUCGGCCUUGGUGAGAAGGAGCACAUGAGAGUAGUGGUUAAAUCGGAGCCCUUGAGCUCUCCUGAACCUCAGGAUGAGGUGAGCGAUGUGACCUCCCAGGCAGAAGGCAGUGAAUCUGUGGAGGUGGAGGGAGUUGUGGUCAGUGCUGAGAAGAUAGACCUCAGCCCUGAAAGCAGUGAUCGGAGCUUUUCAGAUCCCCAGUCUAGCACUGACAGGGUAGGCGAUAUCCAUAUUUUGGAAGUCACAAAUAACUUAGAUCAUAAGUCCACUUUUAGCAUUUCAAAUUUUCUUAACAAGAGCAGAGGAAGUAACUUUAGUGCCAAUCAGAACAAUGACGAUAAUAUCCCAAACACCACUAGUGACUGCAGGCUGGAGUGUGAGGCCCCAUACUUGUUGAGUCCAGAGGCUGGGCCUGCGGGUGGGCCCUCCUCGGCCCCUGGCUCCCAUGUAGAAAACCCAUUCAGUGAUCCUGCAGACUCCCAUUUCGUUAGGCCUAUGCAGGAAGCAAUGGGCCUGCCAUGUGUGCAGACAUCAGGCUAUCAAGGAGAACAGUUCGGCAUGGAUUUUUCCAGGUCUGGUUUGGGCCUCCACUCCUCCUUCUCCAGGGUAAUGAUGGGUUCCUCAAGAGGAAAGGCCAGUAACUUUCCAUACUACCGCCGUAUAGCUCCCAAAAUGCCAAUUGUAACUUCUGUCAGGAGCUCACAGAUACCAGAAAACUCUCCCAGUUCCCAGCUAUUGAUGAAUGGGGCCACAUCCUCAUUUGAAAAUGGGCACCCUUCCCAGCCAGGCCCUCCACAGUUGACCAGGGCAUCUGCUGACGUCCUGUCAAAGUGCAAGAAGGCUUUAUCAGAGCACAAUGUCUUGGUUGUGGAGGGAGCUCGAAAGUAUGCCUGUAAAAUCUGCUGCAAGACUUUUUUAACCUUGACAGAUUGCAAGAAGCACAUCCGUGUUCACACAGGGGAAAAACCCUACGCCUGCCUGAAGUGUGGCAAGAGGUUCAGUCAGUCCAGCCACCUGUACAAACAUUCUAAGACUACGUGCCUGCGCUGGCAGAGCAGCAGUCUUCCAAGCACUUUGCUGUAACCCUGACCUCUUGAGAUCAUGCCGAUGCCGGUUGUAGGGCCGAAACGAAAAUAUGUUUUGGUUAAGGGCUAAUGCCCCUGGGCUUGUGGUUUCAGGCUGUCCGAUGGCACUUGCAGAUUUCCAGGACUCGGGGGAGAACUAAUAGUGUGAGUGCUGCUGCAUUUCUGGGUGCGACACAGGCUUUCAGAGAGGGACGCAGUCCUCCAAAGCACGUUCUUCCUUAGGGUUGAGUAAUGCGGUGAGAGAGUAGUUUAUAAUUGAUGUUAAAAGUGGCACAUGUAAAAAUUAAAAAUUAAAGUGCAAAAAACUUUUUUAGCAAUUUUUGUAAAACUCUGUGAAGCAUUUAAUUAAAUUUCUUAUACCCUCUGAUGGGGAUAUUAUAUACCUGUACAGUGAUAUAAAACUCAUUUAUGUAUAACCAGUGGCAACCUUGUGCCCGUCUAAAAGGCCCUUGAGGACGACAUGCCUGUGGGCCACAGAUGCUUUAAAGCCUAUCAGGAGCAAGUCCUCAGCCUCAAAAAGUACUGUAUUUUUUUAUUUUUGUCUGAUUUGUAGGCACAGACACUGCGCUUUGAUGGUGCUGACACUGGGUCCGGAGUGAGCGUUCUCUGGGCUGUUGGGUGUACAUACUUUUGAAAACAUCACUGUUAGAUGUUUUAACAAUUAUUGUGGUUUUAAAAACAAAGUUGUCAAUGGAGUGUGUACUUGUAGGGAGUGACAAGUAAGAUAUUGUUUCUGUGUGUGCUGUUUUAGUAUUUUAACCAACUCGUAUACAUGUUCCAAUUCCAUGUUUGGAAGUCAGAAAAGAGCUAGUGUUUGUCUUUGUUCUGAUGAUGUGGAGUCCUGUUUUGUGGGAUCUGUCAUAGCACAUUCACCCUUUGCUCCGUCCAGAUUUGGGGGCCAGUCUGGCCUGACACAGCUCACCCAGUGACACACCUGUUCCUUUUGCUUCUUCACCCUCUCACGCCCUGUAUGGGCCUAGAUUGCUCUUUUCGGUUACAAGCUAACCAAAAACCCGCAGGUGUCAUUACUGUUUAUACUCUGAAGUAUAGAAUGUGAACUUUGGUGGUUGUUCCGGCCCAGUACUGCGUGUUUGUAAUCCAAACAUAGCCGUGUUCAUGUUAUUUUCCAGACUUUAUAAGACGGUUGGAUUGCCCAGAACUAGAAGUCACCAAGUAGAUUCCGAGACUGUUGGGAGAGACCUUUGGGUCACUGUCCAGGGCCUCUCCGUGUCCCACUGCCUCACCUCCCCAGCCCACCUUGCAGCCAUCCGACCCCGUGCCGUCAGGGCUGCUGAGGCACCUGUGUCAGGCUGAGCCCUGGCUGAGCGCUUCCUGGGAACAGCACAAGUUACUGUGUCUCCGUAGAGCUCCCCAGGCCAGUUUAAAUCAUGCACGACCAUGUGCUCAUUUUUUAUACAGCUUUUUAAGACGCCAACGAUUGUGCAUAAUUGAGAGAAAUCCUUUGGUUCUUCUGUUUAGAAAGCUAAAUAUGUGUAGCCUAAAACAAAAAUUAGCCUUUUUCCUCUCAGUCUAGUGUGCACAGUUCACACACUGUCCAUGGAUGAACACCUGUCUGUGGAUAAACUCAUAGUGUCCAUAGUUGGCUUAGCAUUUCCUGCGAACAGUCCCAGGGAGGAGAGGACAACAGACGCCUCUCCUUUCCAGCAGCGGUGGGAGAGAGACCACUGGAGGACACGGUGUCACCUGUGAGAUUCAGGGGUGUGUGUGGCUGAUUGUCAGCAGUUGGGUUUUGACUCGAUGUGAGGAGGCUCCACAUCCACCCAUCUACAUGGCUCGGGGACCAGUGUCUUGUGAGAUUGACCGUGGGAGACAGGUGGGUCAGCGGGACGACAAGAGGCCUGCCCGAGCCUGGGGAGAAGAGCCAGUGGCACCAGGAAGAGUGGUGGCAGCCCUUCUUCCCUUCCACCUGAAGGGGGUGGUGCCAGGAGGCUGCCCCCCACCACAUCUCAGGCUUAAGUGGACUUUGCUUCGGGGCCGUCUCCAGCACCGUGGCCGGAGCCCUGCCUUUCCUCUGCUAGGUGGGGUCUGGAAUUGCUCAUCUACCUCUUAGUCAGUCAGUGUCCAUGUGAGAGAAGCAAGCGUGCGGGCCGGUGUCCUCACACAAGCUGUAGUGCUUACACGGUAGUUCAGGGGCUCCCCGGGAAACCCGGCGGGGCUCCUGUGAUCCCAGUUUCUACCUGAAUUCCAACUGGUGUUGGGUACCUGGAUUUUGAUCAAUUAGCCUUAAUUAUAGCCUGGCAUAAUCAUUUCUGGUUAUCAACUCAUAAAGUUCUAUCAGGGCAUCUAUGGCAGUGGUGCUCUCCUGAUCAAAAUUUGAGAUUUUGAAAUAAAAAAUUUGUCACAUUCAUAAUCUAACUAAAUAUGUGUUCUUUUUCUGCACUUAGGUUAAUUUUAAAACAAAAAAAUAAAGGGAUAU